UGCGGCUAUACUAUUUCUCUUCUUUUUUCUUUCCACGUUGAGGUUUUAAGCUAAACGACGCCGCUUGUCUGCUUUGUCCGGUUGAACGAGAGUUCGCGGAGAAACCCUAGAUAGCAAAAAUCCCCAAACUUCCUGCGAUGGCAAUUGCACGGACUGGAGUGUACGUCGACGACUAUCUUGAAUACGCAAGCACAUUGCCUGCUGAGCUCCAGAGGCUCCUCAACACCAUCCGAGAACUCGACGAACGCUCCCAAUCCAUGAUACACCAGACGAGGCAGCAGACUAAGUACUGUUUGGGAUUGUCUUCACAGAGCUCAAAGAAAUGGAACAAUAACCAUAACUAUAAUAACAAUGAAGAAGAUGAAGCGGCAAUUGAGAAAAUCCGAAAAGAAAUCGAAGCAAAUCAAGAUAAUGCAUUGAGUCUGUGUACUGAGAAGGUUUUGUUGGCGCAACAAGCUUAUGACCUGAUAGAUAGUCAUGUAAAACGACUUGACGAGGAUCUGAAUCACUUUGCAGAAGAUUUAAAGCAAGAAGGAAAAAUACCACCCGAUGAACCAGCAGUUCUUCCUCCAUUACCUAUAGUCCCUAAAAAUGAAAAGCGCAAGCCUAUGUAUGUAACACCUCAAUCAAAAAGGCUUGAUUUUAGGGAUAGGGACUGGGAUCGAGAGCGCGAUAGGGACUUUGAACUCAUGCCUCCCCCAGGAAGCCAUAAAAAGGAAUAUGCUGUCCCUGUUGAUGUUGAGCAACCCAUUGAUCCAAAUGAACCUACCUACUGCGUUUGCCAUCAGGUCUCUUUUGGAGAUAUGAUUGCCUGUGACAAUGAAAAUUGCCAAGGAGGCGAAUGGUUCCAUUAUGCAUGCGUUGGGCUUACACCAGAGACAAGAUUCAAAGGAAAGUGGUAUUGUCCAACAUGCAGACUACAACCACAAAGUCAGUAAUUGUAUGUUUUGCACAACCUAAGUUGCUUUAAUAAACCACUCAUGUGUUUUUUCAGUAUCUUUUUUCCCCAAAACUGUGGGAAGAAGGCUAUGAGUCUAUGACUAUAAUCUGUAAGGUUACAAAUGUGAUGAGAUGUGAUCUAUCAGAUUCUUACCUGUAUC